UUCUCUAACAAGUGCUUCCUCAUCCUCCACAGCUUAGAAAGCAUGCCAACACUUGCAAGAAAACAACUCUUUUUUUUAUGUUUGGUUUUCAUAUAUACUAUUAUCAAUACCAACACCCUGCUAGCUCAACCCGAAUUUAUAUUCACGCGUUGUGAGAACACCGAUAACUAUACCAUAAACGGUACGUACCAUACAAACCUAGACACGGCCCUCUCCACCCUCCCAACCACCAACUCCGGCUUUGGUUUCUACAACUUCUCCACGGGCCAAGGCAGGGAUACCGUCAACUCUAUUGCACUUUGUCGCGGAGACAUUAAUCCAAAUGUGUGUAUUCCAUGUCUUAGUGACUCCAUUGUUCAGUUGCGAAAAGUCUGUCCUAAUAAAAAAGAGGCACUAAUAUUCUCUACCGAAUGUCUAGUGAAAUACUCCAACAAUACUUUAUUCGGAUACCCAAAUAAACGAAACUAUUUAAUUCGGUUUAAUCCUCAAAAACUUGAACAGUUUAAUGGGGCACUAAGACCAUUAAUGGAUACACUUAGACGUACCGCGGCUGCUGGUGGUUCGCUACUAAAGUUUGCGACAGGAAAUAGUAGUGGACCGGGUGUCUCGAUUUAUGGGCUUUUGCAAUGUACUCCGGAUUUAACGGAGGAGCAAUGUAAUGAUUGUUUGGCAGGUGAAAUUGCUCGGAUAGGUACCGAAGAUAUUGAUAAUCUGGGAGGGAGAGUUUUUCUACCUAUGUGUAACAUAAGGUAUGAGAUAUAUCGUUUUUUUAACGAGACUACACAAACUAUAUUCUUAAUGUCGCCGCAACCACCACCACAACCGCCAGGAAAAAAGAAAAACACAAAACGGACUGUGCUACUCAUAACAAUUAUUGUUUUAAUGAUUGUUCUCAUAGUAACUAGUUCUCUUUGCAUCUUCAUGAGAGUUAGAAAGAGGAAGAAGAAUCAAAUCCUACUUCCACCCGUUCAUUGUGUUCAAAGCCAAACCGUAGAUAUUACUGUUGAAUUUCGGCAAUACAACUUUAGUACAUUAAAGGAAGCAACAAACGAAUUUUCUGAUGCAAAUAAGCUCGGACAAGGUGGAUUUGGGAUAGUUUACAAGGGUAAGCUUGAAGAUGGACGAGAAAUCGCGGUUAAGAGAUUAGCUAAAGAUUCUAGUCAAGGUGAUCUAGAAUUCAAGAAUGAGGUUUUUCUUGUUGCAAAGCUUCAUCAUCGUAACCUCGUUAGCCUGCUUGGUUUCAGCGUGGAAGAUAGUGAACGACUUCUCGUAUAUGAGUACUUGCCAAAUUCAAGCCUUGAUCACUUUAUUUUCAAUCCAGCUAAACGCACGCUUCUUGAUUGGAAGAAAAGGUACACCAUAAUCAAAGGCGUUGCCAAGGGACUAUUGUAUCUCCAUGAAGAUUCGCUUUUGACAAUAAUUCAUCGUGAUAUGAAAGCUAGUAAUGUUUUGUUAGAUGCGGAAAUGAAUGCUAAAAUUGCAGAUUUUGGCACGGCAAGGUUGUUUAAACCUCAAGAAACUCAUGCUAACACAAGUCGAAUUGUUGGAACCUAUGGUUAUAUGGCACCAGAAUAUGUCCAGCAAGGACAAUUCUCAGUUAAGUCGGAUGUCUUUAGCUUUGGAGUGUUGCUGUUAGAGAUGGUAACGGGUCAAAAAAAUAUAUGUUUUGACAAUGGAGAUGGCAUCGAAGAUCUUCUUAGCGUUGCAUGGAAAAGGUGGAAGAAUGAAACGGUAUCAGAUAUAAUUGAUUCCUCAUUAAAGAAUGGUUCAGGUUCAUUGCACAACAUAAUUAGAAGUAUUCAUAUAGGGUUAUUAUGUGUUCAAGAAAAAGUUAACGAUAGGCCAACCAUGGCAUCGGUAGUUCUUAUGCUUCAUAGUUCAUCGAUGACUCUUACAACACCGUCAGAACCCGCAUUUUUCAUGCAUAGCAGUAUUAGAGGUGAAUUUCAACUUCAAGAUGAUGGUUCUACAACAGGGAGUAGUGGUUAUAGAAGGCAUGAUAUAUCAAAAGCAAGGCCAAGAGCAUCUCAAUUGUCACAAAAUGAUGUUACGGUAUCAGAGAUCACUCCUAGAGCUAGCAUAGGCUAAUAAUUCUAGGUGUUCUAAACACACUUGCAUUUUAUUGGUUUCGUUUUAAGGAAUUUACCUGAAGUUACCAUUUAGGAAUGAAGAAUGUAAUUAAACAUGAUACUUGGAUGUAAUUUCCUAAUACUAAGUAAGUUUCGAUUCUUUUGAGUGAAA